CAGUAAGUCUCUAACCAACAAUCACUCGACAUCAGUGGUCACUGCACGAUAGUCGCAGCUAGUAGAAUUAACUGACUAUCGACUCGAUCGGACCAAGUGGUGAUCGGUUGGACUCGUCUGACCGAGCUUCCUUCGCUCGACUCUUCCGGUUAUCGGCUUCUUUUUUCGACCGGUUCGACGAUCGUGACAAAGUGUGACGGAAGUGUCCUGUUCUUCGAUAAAUUUUCGUUCGUGCGAAACUUUUGAAGAUCGUCAACGUGGAGCACGCGAAGAAUGUACGGAUCUGUGAUAAGGCGGAUACGAUCCGCGAUAAUCGGGCUCCUGCUGCUAGCAGCGUUCUGGAGCAACAACCAUAGUUGCAACGGCCUGCAAUACCAGCCCGUCGAGGUUUAUGCAAACGGCGACGAUUGUGCCUUGAUCUUAAACAAUCCAGGAAGAACAAGCGUCUUCGAUUACACGUACAAUUUGCUCCGUGGAUCCUUUUCAGCAACAGCAGGAUCUCCAUCGUGCAUCACCUACGACGCUGUGAAUCGCGCCUACGUCGAGGCGAGAAAACGUAUCAAUGUUGCGCAACCCAAAGGCAAAACAUGGCGGCCAGAAGACUUGGCCACGGUCGGCGAACUCCUUCUGGACAUCAGCAGCAACCUAGCGCAAACAUACGGGCUAACAACCGAAGAGAUCGAGAAGAGUCUCCCCCUGAUCGACACAUCGAAAACCUUGAUUCGAGAGGUGUGUCCCUCCUUUUUGAGCAACGUGGAGUGUCGAGCAGGAAAAUAUCGAAGAAACGACGGUCUCUGCACGAAUUUACAGAAUCCUACCUGGGGUUCUACCUUGGCACCGUUUCAAAGACUGAUGCCUCCACGAUUUUCGGACGGUUUAACUGCACCCAGGAUAUCGGUAACCGGCCAUGAUUUACCAUUAUCACGGAUCGUGUCACGCACCAUGCACCCUGACGAAGGUUAUCACGAUCAUGCUGGCACAGUUAUGGUGAUCGCCUGGGGCCAGUUUAUGGACCACGACUACACGUUGACCGGCACACCUCUAGAUCCCCUGAACCGAAACGACCCGGAGGAAUGUUGCCAUCGACCACCGCACCUGAAGAAUCCGUACUGCAACGAGAUCCUCAUACCGGAAGACGAUUACUUCUACAGGCUGUUCAACGUGAAAUGCAUGGACUUUGUUCGAGCGUUUCCCGCCGUUCGACCUGGAUGCCGUCUUGGAUCUCGGGUGCCGUUUAAUCUCCUGACGGGAGUGCUGGACGGGAAUACUGUUUACGGAAUUUCGGACGCCUUUGCCAGGAAACUUCGAACCGGUUACGGUGGAUUGUUGCGCAUGAACCCGGUGUUCGCGGAAUACGGACUGAAGGAUUUACUGCCGCUCAAAUUGGACAUCCCUGACGAGGGUUGUACGCGUUUGAAUCGAUCGAUGUAUUGCUUCGAAGCAGGUGAAAUACGAGUGAACGAACAAUUAGUGUUGACCUGUAUGCACACGCUGAUGGCACGUGAGCACAACAGAAUCGCGAAAAUAUUGAUACAAAUUAAUCCACACUGGGACGACGAGACUCUCUAUCAGGAAGCUAGGCGUAUAGUGAUCGCGGAAAUUCAACAUAUCACUUACAACGAGUUCCUGCCUAUUUUGCUAGGAAAAGAUGUCAUGGAGAAAUUUGGACUUCUUCUGGAGAAAAACGCAUACUGGGAUGGUUACGACGAAAGCGUAAAUCCAUCUGUGAUUGAUGCUUUCGCUUCUGCAGCGUUCAGGUUUGGACACUCGUUGCUGCCAACAGCGGUGGAAAGAUGGAGCAAGGCUCACAAAUUCAUAGCUUCAAAGAGACUAUCAGACUUGAUAAGAAGACCCUUCGACCUGUACCGCGCUGGUGUUUUCGACGAAUACAUAAUGGGGUUGAUGAACCAAGUCGCUCAAGCCAUGGACGACUCUAUCACGCAAGAGGUUACGAAUCACCUGUUUAAAAAAGCCGGUGCGAAAUUUGGACUGGAUUUGGUCUCCUUUAACAUGCAACGCGGUCGUGAAUUUGGUAUUCCGAGCUACAUGGAGUUCAGGAAGUUCUGUGGUCUUCCUUGGGCAGACAACUUCGAUGACUUACAUGGAUCCAUGCCGAACGAGACCAUCAAGAGAUACAGCUCAAUCUUUGAGCAUCCAGCUGACGUGGACCUCUGGUCCGGUGGCGUGUCCGAAAGACCGCUUCCGGGUAGCAUGCUGGGUCCAACCUUCGCCUGUAUAAUUGCCACGCAAUUCAGCUAUUCACGUCGAGGUGAUCGAUUUUGGUACGAGCUACCGAACCAGCCAUCGUCCUUCACUCUCGAACAACUAAACGAGAUACGAAAAGUGAAGCUGGCAAAGAUAAUCUGUGACAAUACUGACCUAAUCGACACCAUACAGAUUUAUCCCAUGGUGUUACCCGAUCACGAGAUAAAUCCCCGAGUCCCAUGUCGAAGCGGAGUGUUGCCAAGCAUGGACCUGAGCAAAUGGGCGGAAUAUCCAACUGCGAGUCACGCUCAAUACGUGAGUAAUCUAGAGGACCAGUAUCAACCGUAUGGAAAGUAAAACGGCUGUUUUUUAGAAGUAAAAAAAUAUGUAGUGACCGCCUAGACGAACACCACCACUGUAGUGAACAACAAGUCACGAGCCAAGAAGCACCACCCCUUAGGCACCCCUUUACUCGAGACACAUUACGGUACUGUAGCAUAGCAAACUCUAGAAGCGUCUGCACUUUCCAUCUUCGAUCAAUUUACGGACACUGAGCAGACGAACGUAAUACAGAGUAUAGUUAGCCUCGAAUAGAUCCCAUUAGAGCGACCUUUUAUUAUUAGAGACACUUAACUUAUUGCCCUAGCUACAACUAUAAUUUAUAUCUGAUCGAGUAUAAAUUAUCUUCGAUUUGUAGUCUCUUUCUCUCUUGUAAGUCUUUUUGUUUCUUUUUUUUGUACUUUUUUAUGUAAUUAAUUAUUUUUAAGAACGAUUGUUUAAGAACUUUGUGCACGAGGGUGUUGCAGAAAAUGGAUUAUGAAGUUUGAGGUUAGGUCUUUGUAGGGUUUUGAUAAACGUACUUUGUAAGUUUUGUGUU